AUGCAAGUCCCAUGUGUGGACGCUCCCCACACUGCAAUACGGCCCAAAAAGAAACGGCGCGUUGUGUGCGAAUCAGAUCCUCCUAGUAACAUCGGCCGACUGCCCAAUGAAAACGAUGUCUGGACUCGGAAAAAGGCAUCCGUCUCAGCCCCGGGAUUUCUAGGGCAAACUAGCUACUUUGAUGCGUUCACAGAUACCAGAAAUGGACUUCUUGACGAAAUCCCAUACCUCGCAGGCCAUGAUAACUUUCCCGUUGACUUAAAGCGGAUCAAUCUCGGUGCUCGGGUCUUGACGCUUCUGGAGAACCUCCCGUUUUAUAGAGAUGUGAUCACCGCUCGAUACAAGAUAUGGACAGGAUGGAGUCUUGGCUGGCCAGUCACGAACAUGGUUUUCACUGCUGCUGAGAACAUGUGGAACUCCCUGGAAACCAAGGACAUGGACACAAACCAACGAGCGUUCUUCUUAUCUAAGAGACUGUUUGAAACGCAUAAUCGGGCGCUUGAGGUACAUUCUUCAAUGACCUGGGAAGAAUUCCAGACUGCUGCGGCCGGUAGAUGGGAGUUGAUUGGGCUGCUCUUUACUCUUACAGGCCUAGCCACGGAUUGGGUCCCUCACAGCGAUCGCAUCUUCAUGCGUCAGAAUACGAUGGAUGCGAGCAGUCUCGCUAUAACCGCAACCGCUGUGGGAGACAUAUGCCUUCAGUUUUGCGAUAGCACUGGAAUUGUGAAUGAUAUUGUAGGCUGGCUGCUACUACAUCAGACCACGCUGUUGGCAAUAGUCUACGGUGAAAGUGACUUUCGACCGUGGAGAAAGUUGGGAGAGUUAUCGACAACGCUGUUUGCACUUGGGCUUCAUCAAGAUUCUAGCGGAAAGGCUCCAUUCUUUCUUUCUGAGAUGCGAAAAAGAACUAUGGUCGCGGCGUACUCAAUGGACAAAGUGCUUGCCACUUUCCUAGGUCGCCCACCCCUCAUUAGCUGGCGCUACUGUGAUAUUCAAAUGCCACUUGACUUAAGCGUUGAGGAAAUAUUCGCCGAUUCAGUGAUUCGUGAUGCGGCAAUCGCUCGACUGGAUGAGAACAAUGGAUGGAAUCUGGAGUCAAGCUUGGUGAAGGGCACUUGGCCUCGAAUUGCCUUGAUCACUAACAUUCUCCGUGAGAAGGUAUUGGAGCUUUCUCUGAGUUGGCAACUCGAGAAUCUCAGCCAAAGGGUCGAGGAGCUUUCACGCGAAUCCCGUGAAUUAAGAAAGGCAAUGCCUGACUUCCUCCGUUGGAAACCCGAUAUUGACAUGGCAGCUGUUCCCAGAGUAGAAUAUGACCUCCUUUUCGAGGUCCAUAUAGAGUUUCUCUACAACGAGUUCCUGCUCUACCGGACCCUUGGGAAGCGCACCCAGACACAGCCCGAGGCAAUUAUUGACAUCGCUCGAGAGAUACUCAAAGCAUUGGUCACCAUGAUUUCUGAAAAGACUCGCUCUGGGCAGCCCAUCAAAUCUAUGGGGUUCAGUGUAUGCCUACCUGGUUUGCCAUCGGCGGGCGUUCUCUGUGCGGAAUUACUGCGUCGAUCCCGACCAACAGUGAUAAGCUCUUUACUAGAGUUUCCUCGUUCAGAGAUUAUUCAAAAUUUGACCCUUUUUGCGGCAUAUCUGGAUGGCAUCAUUAAGCCCCAUAAUCCUAACUACCGUGUCGCACAGCAGGGUCAGAAGGCAAUCCGCCAUGUCUUGGACCAAGUCCUCUCCAUCGAUGGCCCCUCCUCUAUCGUAGAAGACAGUGGAACGAACGACAAAUUUAUUGACGAUGCCAGCUUACGUGACGGUGUGAAUUUCGACGAUCAUGAUCUAUUUCUUGGUUGGCUUGAUGGCAAUAUGCAACACAUGUCCGACUCUUGGCUAUCAUGGGUGAAUUUUACCUGA